UAACCCACAAAUACACAAUUUUCUUUCCUUCUCAUUCACCAAUACAAAAGGCUCUUCAUUCUUCUUCUUCUUCUUCUUAUUCUUAUUCUCUUCCCAAUCCAUUUUUAUAUGGCCAUGAGUGACACCAUGUCUGGCCCAAAUGACUGGCUCCAUUUCUAUCAACAAAACCUCCCUGCAGGUCAAGUCCUCCCAUCUUCCGUUUCCGAAGCUACAACCGUCACAACCACCAUCACGACGCCGACCCAGUUGAGCCCAGAAGGCCGAGUCUCCAAGCCCAUCCGCCGCAGAUCCCGGGCUUCAAGGCGAACUCCCACCACUCUGCUCAACACUGACACAACAAACUUCCGGGCCAUGGUGCAACAAUUCACUGGCGGCCCAACCGCACCUUUUGCCCCAACUGCAUCAAUACCUUUGCCAAAUCUGGGUUUCGGUUUCGGGUCACGUCCAGUUUCUAUGAACCCAAAUGGGCUCAUGUUAGCCCCUUCUGGCUACCAUCUUGAGCAGCAGCAACAACAACAACAGCAGCUAUAUCAACAACAAAACCAGCACUACAUAUCCACUAGUAACAGAGAAGUUGGAGACAAUAUAAACAACCCAACACCUCCAAAUGUUACUGAUUAUAGUGGGAUUUUCAUGGAUCAUGAAUUGCGUUUCUUCCCAAGUACUUCUUCUUCUUGAUUCUGAUGCUGUUGAGAAGCCACCGUAAAGUAUUCUCCAAUAGGAA